CCGAGAGCCGCUUCCUGCUCUGCCUUCUCUGCUGGGCUCUUUUGCAAAGGGCUGCAUCGGAUGCAUUCCCUCCUGGGAUCGGGUCUUCAUAGCACCUCCAAUUAGAACAGCCUUUGGAGGACCAGGGACAAGUCUCUUGCUCCUGGUUGGAGGCUUCCUUGGAGCGCAGAAGUCAAAGAUGGAAGACUCAGCUGGUCCUGAAGCAGGAAGAGGUUUAUAUAUCAUCCAGGCCAGGAGCCCUGGGGAAUUCUGGGAAAGAACAGUGCAGAAGGUCCUGGGUAAGGAGGACACCCUCAGCUCAGAUGAGCAGCGCCAGCGUUUCAGGCAGUUCUGCUACGAGGAGUCCAAAGGGCCCAGAGACGUUUGCAGGCAACUCCACAAUCUGUGCUGUCAGUGGCUGAAGCCAGAGCGACACACAAAGAAUGAGAUCUUGGACCUGGUGAUCCUGGAGCAGUUCCUGGCUGUCCUUCCACUGGAGAUGGAGAGCUGGGUGAGGGAAUGUGGAGUGGAGACCAGUUCCCAGGCAGUUGCCCUGGCCGAAGGUUUUCUUCUGAGCCGGGAAGAGGACAAGAAGCAGGCAGAGCAGCAGGUAAAAGAUCUGUUUGCAGCAUUGGCCACUGAUUUCCUUGAGUCACAGGAGGCUCCGUCGGAUUCCAGAGAGAGUCCCCUGCCAAGCAGGAAUGUUCAGGAGAGUGACAGACUUGCCACUUCAGUGGGUGAUGAAAUGAGGCCAGCAAGACCUCCUCAUCCGUUUCUUCUUUGUGGUGGAGGGGAAGUAGCUGCUGGGGAAGAGGAUCAGGGUCUGGUGUGCUUUGAGGAGGUGGCUGUGUAUUUCACUGAGGAGGAGUGGGCUUUGCUGGAUCCUGACCAGAGGGCGCUGCACAGGGAAGUCAUGGAGGAGAACUGUGGAAUCGUGGCCUCUCUCAGUGGUGAGUGGGAAACUGAGAAUAAGGGAGAACUAUGUGGGGUGAUCACAGAAGAACCCAUGUGCAUAAACAGGGAGCAGCAGAGAAGGAGAACUGGAGAAGAGAAAAGCCAAAAUAAAUUCCCUGCUUGUCCGGGCAGUGACUGCCUUCAAAUUCCAGUCCAAGAAAAACUGCAAAGAGGAAAACAAACCAAUUCAUGCAGUGCACAUCAGAGAAGUUUCCAUCCUAAACCAACAUUGAAAACUCAUUACAAAAUCCAGACAGAAAAGAAACCAUACAAAUGCUUGGAGUGUGGAAAGAGCUUUUGUUAUAAUUCUGACCUUACUUGCCAUCAAAGGAGCCAUACAGGGGAGAAACCAUUUAAAUGUUUGGACUGUGGGAAAAGCUUCUCUCAGAAGUCAAAUCUUACAACUCAUCAAAGAAUUCACACAGGAGAGAAGCCAUACAAAUGCUUUGAAUGUGGAAACAGCUUCUGUCAGAGUUCUGCCCUUAUUACCCACCAAGGGAUCCAUAGGGGGGAGAAACCAUAUAAAUGCUUGGAGUGUGGAAAGAGGUUCAUGCAGAAGAUAACUUUCACUUCUCAUCAAAGAAUUCACACAGGGGAGAAUCUAUUUAAAUGCUUGGAGUGUGGAAAGAGCUUCACGAAGAAGAUGAAUCUCACUACUCAUCAAAGAAUUCACACAGGAGAGAAACCAUAUAAAUGCUUCGAAUGUGGAAACAGGUUUUCUCAAAGUUCUGCCCUUAGUACCCACCAAAGGAUCCAUACAGGGGAGAAACCACAUAAAUGCUUGGAGUGUGGAAAGAGCUUCAGUAGUAAGUCAUAUCUUGCUUCUCAUCAAAGAAUUCACACAGGGGAGAAACCGUUUAAAUGCUUGGAGUGUGAAAAGUGCUUCAGUAAUAAAUUAUAUCUCACUUCUCAUCAAAGAAUUCACACGGAGCAGAAACCAUUUAAAUGCUUGGAAUGUGGAAAGAGCUUCAGGCAGAAAAACAUUCUCACUACUCAUGAAAGAAUUCACACAGGGGGGAAACCAUACAAAUGCUUGGAGUGUGGAAAGAGCUUCACACGGAAGACACAUCUCACUUCUCACCAAAGAAUUCAUACAGGGGAGAAACCAUAUAAAUGCUUGGAGUGUGGAAAGAGCUUCACACAGAAAAAUAUUCUCACUACUCAUCAAAGAAUUCACACAGGGGAGAAACCAUACAAAUGCUUGGGGUGUGGAAAGAGCUUCACACAGAAGAUAAGUCUCACUUUGCAUCAACAUAUUCACACAGGGGAGAAACCACACAAAUGCUUGGAGUGUGGAAAGAGCUUCACAUGGAAGGAAAGUCUUACUAUUCAUCAAAGAAUUCACACUGAGGAGAAACCAUGUAAAUGCUUGGAGUAUAGAAUCAUAGAAUCAUAGAGUUGGAAGGGGCCUUGUAGGCCAUCAAGUCCAACCCCCUGCUCACAGCAGGAAAUCCACAGCUAGAGCAUCUCCCGCAGAUAGCUGUCCAGCCUCUGCUUGAAGACAUCCAGUGAAGGGGAUCCCACCACCUCCCUAUGCAGGCAGUCCCAUUGCCGAACUGCCCUUACUGUCAAGAAGUUCCUUCUAAUGUCCAAUCUGAAUCUACGCUCCUGCAACUUAAAACCAUUAGACCUAGUCCUACCCUCUGGGGCAGCAGUGAACAAAUCUGUACCCUCCUGUAUGUGACAGCCCUUCAGGUACUUAAAGAGUGUAAUCAUGUCACCCCUCAGCCUUCUCUUCACCAGACUGAACAUGCCAAGUUCCUUCAACCUUUCCUCAUAAGACUUGUUCUCCAUACCGGCUAUCAUCCUCGUCGCCCUCUUCUGAACCCGCUCUAACUUGUCUGUAUCUUUCUUAAAAUGAGGCGCCCAGAACUGAACGCAGUAUUUCAGAUGAGGCCUGACUAAUGCAGAAUAUAGUGGGACUAUUACUUCCCUCGACCUGGAAACUAUAGCUCUGUUUAUGCAGCCCAAAACCGCAUUUGCCUUUUUUGCCACAGCAUCACACUGCUGGGUCAUGUUCAACUUGCAAAUUCCAAGGUCCUUCUCACACGCACUACUGCUAAGCUGGGUAUUUCCCAUCCUGUACCCGUGCAUUUUGUUUUUGUGGCCUAAAUGCAGAAUCUUGCAUUUGUCUUUAUUGAAUGUCAUUUUAUUAAUUUCAGCCCAAUUUUCUAGUCUAUCCAGGUCCCUUUGGAUUUUAUUCCUGUCUUCCAUUGUGUUAGCUAUCCCUCCCAGUUUUGUAUCAUCUGCAAACUUCAUAAGGCUUCCCUCCACCCCAUCCUCUAAGUCAUUGAUAAAAAUGUUGAAGAGUAUCGGCCCCAGGACAGAACCCUGCGGCACUCCACUCGAAACCUCCUUCCACUCUGAAGCAGAGCCACCGACGACCACUCUUUGAGUACGGUUUUCCAACCAGUUGUGAAUCCAUCUGACAGUAUUUCCAUGUAGUCCGCAUUUGACGAGUUUGCUAAUCAAAAGGUCGUGGGGGACUUUGUCAAACGCUUUGCUGAAAUCUACAUAGAUGACAUCUACAGCAUUUCCACCAUCUACUAAGCUAGUGACCCGAUCAAAAAAAGAGAUGAGAUUAGUUUGACAGGAUUUUUUCUUGACAAACCCAUGCUGGCUCCUUCUAAUCACAGCAUUGUCAUCUAGAUAGUUGCCAAUGGACUCUUUUAUUAUCCGUUCUAAUAUCUUUCCCGGUAUUGAAGUCAGACUGACCGGCCUGUAAUUCCCCGGAUCUUCUUUUUUACCCUUUUUAAAGAGCGGGACGACAUUUGCCCGUCUCCAAUCCUCCGGCACCUCUCCUGUUGUCCAGGAUUUCUCAAAGAUGAUGGCAAGAGGUUCCGAGAGUACAUCUGCAAGUUCCUUCAAUACUCUGGGAUGCAGUUCAUCAGGCCCUGGAGAUUUGAACUCAUUUAGGUUAACUAGGUAUUUCCUGACUAUCUCCUUAUCAAUCUUGAACUGCAAUCCCGACCCCUUCCUGAGAUUGAUGGAGCUUCAGUAAAAAGACACUACUCAUCAAUGAAUUCACAAGGAAGAAACUGCAUAUAUGCUUGGUGUGUGGAAAGACACACUAUGCCUCUCAUUAAAAGAAUUCACAGUAACUUCCAUUUCAGUUUGGAGCUGGGCUGGCAAGGGAUGUAGCCUGGUGGAUGUAACAUGGCUCGUGCGGGGAUUUGGGAGCCAGAUGGUGAGACCUGGAGGGCCACAUUCCUCUCCCAAGCUUAAGAUUCCCCACCCCUGCUAUAGACCAAGAGGAAGAGAAGUCACUCCCACACACACACACUCCCAGAAAGCCCACACACACUCCUUUUCCAUGGUGUUUGGCUAAAUAUUUAAUCCAGUAAAAUUAAAAUGGGUCCUCUUGAAUUUGGAAAAGCCCCAUCAAAUUAAAACUGACAUUGAUGUCUUUGGAUGGAUUUUCUUGUGCCAUGGUGGUGCUGGCAAGCACUGGAUUGGUGAUUAAUACCAUGCAGUCAAUAACCACCUAAGCAAUCUUUCAUUUGAUUGUUUGGUAGGUAAGAGAGUCCUUGUUUAAAAAACCAUGCAGAUCAAUGACAUUUCUGUUGCUUUAAAAAAAAUCCUAGAUCUAAGUUUUACCUCCUUGCCAUUUUGUGACUGCCCAGCUCUCUGGAUAAAGUUGAGGAUUGGCCAUACCCUCCCCAGGCACUUAAUUCACAAGGUGCUUACAGGCUCCAAAAGGUUGGAGACCCCUGCCACAGAUAUCCCCAGCUGGAAAAAAGGAAUAGGAAUCUUCAGAUCCUCUGCCUAACUUAUCAGAUGUGCUCCAAUUCAUUUCUCAGCCUUAGCAGAAGCUUAUUUAGUUUCCACCAGCUGAGCUCCACCAGGGUCCUUCCUCAAGUGCCGUCUACUAGCAGCAGUUCCAUCAGGCUGCAGAGCCUCUCCAUCUCCCCUCCUGGAAAGAUCAGCAAUGUUUGGUUCCUUCUCCUCUUAUUGAACUCUUUCCAUUCCAGCUGGUCAUCACAAUAAUUCUGUAACUAAGAAAUAGUGCCUGGGUUGUAUUUCCCCCCCCCUCCUUGUGUGUUGUGAAUUUUAGACUAGGGACAGUCUUUAUUAAUGACUAGACGGAAGAACCUAGCAUUGCUUGGGAAUUUUAAGGAAAACAAAAAAGAUUUGUAGAUAAAUAAUGUUCAGCUCUAGGGUUGUGUAUGGUGAACCAAGAUGGCAGAACUGUUCUUAACAAUAUUUUCAGAAGUAUCCAAAUUGGCACAGUUUCAAAUGUUUUGAUCCACCACCUUUGUUUAAAAUGAUGUACAACCAUGCCAAAUGUAGGUCAAAACCCACUCCUCCCUCUCAGUAAACUUCAUGCCAAAUUGAUCUACGAUGUCUUCAGAAGUACUUUGGAACUGUCAUGCCAAACUGGGUGAUGAUAUCUUCAGUGUUGUCCAAAUUGGCAUAGUUGGCAUGGCUCAGUCUGCCUUCUUGAUUCAAAAUAGUGUCUGACAUCAUCCAAACCAAGACCAAAGCAUACUUGAUCUCGAGAACUGUUAUGCCAAAUUGGGCAACAAUAUCUGGAAAUUCAUCCAAAGCAGCACAGUAUGGAAAAGUAGUUCUGCCAUCUUGAUUCAGAAUGGUGUCUGGAAGCAUCCAAACCCAGCACCUCUGUCUCGGGAACUGUCAGACUGCAUUGGACGAGGAUAUGCUCAAAGGCAGCUGAAUCAGUUUGCUAUGCACCAUCCACCAUCUUGAAUCACAAACGUAGACGAAAAUCCUUUUCUUGCACUCUGGAACUGUCACGCCAAACUAGCAAUGAUAUCUUUAGAGAUGUCCAAAUUGGUGCAAUUUGGAACAUUUUGGUCUGCCAUUUUAAUUCAAAAUGGUGUCUGAUAGCAUCCAAACAUAGACCAAAUCUGCCUCCUCCACCUGUGGAACUGCAAUACCAAACUGGGUGGCAUUAUCAUCAGGGGUGUCCAAACCAAUGCAGUUUGGAACAUUGCAUCCACCAUCUUGAUUCAAAAUGGAGUCCAACAGCAUCCAAAUGUAGAUGAAAACCACCUUCCCCACCUCAAGAAACACCAUGCCAAGUUGGGUGAUAUCUUGAGGCACCUGAACCCAUAUAUUCUAGAUAUUUGAAAGCUACUCUGGAGGCUUUUAUCUGUCUGAAGAGCAAGAUAAAAAUGCUUUAAGUGAAUAGAUACACUCCUAAUCUGUUUCUCAGAACCUGUUUUGUCUUCUGGAAAGUUCUAAAGAAUCCCUAAAGAUCUAGUCUUCUUGUGAAGGAAACAAACUUUGCUGUCAUUGACUGUAUGGGCCUUGCUUUUAUAUCCUGCUUUGUAUUAUAUGAACAGGUAAACUACUGCUUGUCUGGUUCUUUGUGGAUUACAGGGUCAAUUGUCUAUACAUGGCCCACCCUAGGGCUCAGAUAUGAAGGUGGUGGGCUUCAUUGAGGACAAGGUGUUUAGCACGUUAGUACACCAGUAAUGCAGGGGUGAGUGGCAGAGGUUAUAUACAGCAGUAGCUUGCUUUGAGGUGUUUAGUUCAAGGUGGGGACAUCCAAAUUUUUGUACAUGUGGGAGACAGGGAGCAUUUGUUGCUUUGCUCCAUUGGGCAUAUGCUGGUUUUCUGGAACUUUUCCAUGUAAUAUAUAUUCGCCUAAAACUCCUUAUUUUUGACUUAGUAAGCUUUAGGGUUUGUUUCAUAAGACUGUAGUGGUCUCAAAUUAUUUUAAUUAACCUCACCCCAUAGAAGCCAUAAAUUGCCCUACCUUGAAAGGCUUCAGGGAGACCCAAGGAAGUUGUUAGGCUGAUUGAUAAAGGGCAACGUUGUAGAUUAAAUUCACCUUUCUCUGAUGGCAGCACAUUCUUAAACGGGACAAUGGGAAACAGAAGGGGACAUUCUCUUGGACCAUAUCUCCCUUCCCCAGGCAGCAUGAGAGUCAGGGUGGCUUGGUUGCAAUCACACUUGCCAAUAUUUAUAUUGGAGUGGACCAUCGCCUACCAUUUGGUGUUUUAACUGCGUUCU